AUGAGUAAACAGAACGCCGUACCAUUUUUACAGCCGAACGUUCUCAAUUGGAAGUCCAGGAAUGAACCUGAUGGUCAAUACUAUCUCGAGCCAAAUAUCAUGUAUGUAUGGGAUUAUGCGACACCAACUUUAUUAUCAUUUGGUUUUGGCUCAUGUAAUGGCAAGUCAACAUUAUUGAAUCAAUUAUUUAGAUCAACAUUUGAGCAAAAAAAUGAAAACUCAGUUUAUUUUCACAAAACAAUAGAUAUUGAUUUUGGCUAUAAUUUUAUUACAAAACGACCAUUGAAUAUUGCUGACAUGCAUGGUAAUUUGUCAAAUAGUUUGCCUAGAAAUGUUCUUUCAUUAUUUGAUGGGUAUAUAAUGCAUGUCAGUUAUUCAGAAUUUCCUUCUUCCUCUGUCAAUAUCCAAAAUGCGAUUAAUUUAAUACCAAUUGGCAAAUAUUGCAUUGUUUUAAUACGAGAUAGUCCAGUGGGUUCGGCACGUAGCCAAAGAAUUGAUCAUGAAUUAAAUGUAUUUCUUGAAAAAAAUCGAAAUAGAACAGAGCUAAUAAUAGAAAUAUUGCCCAAUCUGAACAACCUUUAUGACUUGAAAGCCAAAGGUGCCAUACAACAGCUACAUUCAACAGUUUUCGAGAAAAUGAUAAUUCCUGAGAAAGAAGCGUAUGUAGAAAAAAAGCAGUUUGAGCCGUUAUUAGAUGCAGAUUACAUAAAGCAUCUACAUGGUACAUAUGCAAUAAUUUCGGAUAUUAAAGUUAUGCUUUCUAAAGCAUCAAGAGAAAACAGCGUAAACAACUUUUCACUAUAUUCUAAAUUUCAUGACUACUGUACUUUAAGACAAAAAGUAGCACGGGCUACAUUUUAUAAUAUAGAUGUUGAUGAAAUAUUUUAUAUGCGUUCACAAGCAACCACAAUCAACGAUGAAUAUCAUUUUGAGAUAAUAUCGUCACAAAAAGAAAUUAGCUUUGAAAAAAGAAAGGAGUUAUCAGAAAAAUACAGCAACGAAUGCGGUGAAAUUUUUAGAUUAUUUAUCAAACUAUUAUCUACACCGAACCGGUUAAUGAAUUUAGAUUUAUUAUCAUAUGAAUUAAAACAGAAGCGAGAGAUAUCGAAAGAUGGAAUCGAUUUAGCAAAAGAUUUAUCAAUAGAGAAGAUUCUAUCUAUUGAAGUUUUGUGGCGAAAUGCAAUUGUUUGUCAAAAAUAUGAACAAAAUAUUGAUCGCGAACAACUUAGUGAGUCAUACUCUGAAUACAUUAAAGCUGGGUUUCCUUUUGAAAUAAUUGAUGGUAAUAAUUUCUUUUUUCAAUUUGAUUUUUUAACAAAAGUUAUGCAUACAUUCUCACGGAAUAAAAUAUUGGUUAUUAGUAUUAUUGGUCCACAAAAUAGUGGCAAAAGCACAUUAUUAAACUAUAUGUUUGGUACAUUAUUUGAUGUACGUAAUGGUAGAUGUACAAGAGGUGUAUAUGGAUCAUUUGUAAAAUCUAAUAUACCAUCGUUUGAUUAUAUUAUGUUACUUGAUACCGAAGGUUUACUGGGUACCGAAAAAGGUGAUCUUGAAUAUGACCGUCGUUUAAUUUUAUUCUGUUUGGCUGUAUCACAUUUAGUUAUUGUUAAUAUUGCUGGUGAUUUAAAUCAGGCAUUGAAAGAUAUGAUUAUACUCUGCGUUGAUUCAUUGAAAGAAAUAAAUGUAAAUAAAAUGCCGACACCAAUGGUCCAUUUUAUAUUAAAUCAACGACCUGAUACAAAUCUUGCAAAUAAUCAAGUAGCAAUUGACAACAUUGUGGACCAAUAA